UGAGGGCAUUACAUGUGAGAAAUGAAAGCAGUGAAGAAAGCUGAAGAGAUUUUAUUUCAUAGUUAAAGUAGGUGAUGAUGUUUAUUGAAAAUAUUCGGCGGAAGUACUACGCGCUGCUUAUUUUAUUUCGUCGAUGUUAGCAAAAACACAAAUCAGAAAAAAAGAUUGUGCAGAUAACAGUCGAUCAGAAGCUCAAUUCAUUAAUGAAGAAACCUUCUAGCUGUUUAAGAUCUUCUAUGAUUCUAGUUUUCUUACAGGAUAAUCGAAUAUUGCAACUCCUGUGGAAACCUGGUCUCGGGAAGUAACCAGAGGUUUAAAGGAGAUUGGCAUCGAACAUGGCUGCUGGCAUGCGAGGCUGUGUAAGAAACAUGGAGAGGAGCAAACCACAUUUUGCAAUGAUACUCGUAGAGGCUCUGAUUGCAGGCAUGUACUUAUUUACUAAAGCAUCAAUCUCCGAAGGAAUGAAUCCAUACGUGUUUUUGUUUUAUCGCCAAGCAUGCGCAGCGCUGGUCUUGGCGCCAUUCGCUUUCUAUCUAGAGAGAAAUCAGAGGUUGCCUCCAUUGUCACCCCUCUUGCUCUGCAAAAUAUUUGUGGUUUCGACAGGGACAACGGUGAGCUUAAAUGUCAGCUACAUUGGUCUCAACUUUGUAUCCGCAACAUUUCUUGCCGCUUUAGGCAACACGGUUCCAGUCAUCACCUUCGUGAUUGCAGUCUGCUUAAGAAUGGAAAGGCUGAACAUAAGACAAAGGCAUGGAAUGGUCAAAGUGAUUGGUUCCGUGUUAGGCCUGUCGGGGGCUCUACUAUCCACUUUUGCCAGGGGCCCUGCAAUGUAUCCCGAAAGCCAGAAAAACAUAUUUCAUCUACCCAAACAAACGUACACGCGAGACGGCUGGAUAAAAGGUUCUCUCAUCAUAAUAGCAGCCAAUGUGGUGUGGUGUUUGUGGCUAGCUGCACAGGGUCCCCUGAUCAAGCAGUAUCCAGCUAAGCUUCGUCUCACGGCUCUACAAUGUCUUUUCAGUAGUGUGACUUCAGCAGUAUGGGCUGUGGCUAUGGAGAGAAAUCCAGAGUCAUGGAAAUUUGGAUGGAAUCUGAACCUCUUUACUGUUCUCUACUCUGGUGUACUAAUGGCUGGAUUUGGUUACUGGUUGAUAGCUUGGGUUGUGGAGAAGAAAGGGCCUCUUUUCACUGCAGUUUACAUGCCACUCUCACUUGUCAUUGCAGCUAUUUUCUCAGCAAUAUUUUUCCAGGAGACGAUUCACUGGGGAAGUUUUUGUGGAAUGAUAGUGCUGGUAAUGGGUCUUUAUGCGAUUCUAUGGGCAAAGAGCGUAGAAGAAAAGCCUGAAGCAAUAGAAGAUCAGGUGGAGAAGAAAGAAGGGAGCGAAGGAAAGAUGAUUGUCGAUGACAUUGCAUGCCGGGAUGACAAUAGAGUUUAUGUUUAAUGAAAUCAAGUAGUAGUUGUGUAUGUUAUGUAAGAAUCCAUGAAAUUUCCGAAUGUUAUAGAAUAAGGUAUACCAAAAUUUUGGGUAAAGAAAAGGAGAAACAUUGAGUCAAGUAUCAAAUGUUCAAUUAGAGGAGCGAAACCUGACUCAGAUGGAAUGAUAUUCUCUUAGAUCGGCGAAAG